UGCAACUGCUGACUGAAACGUUGAGCAGUCUUGGGUCCACACUGGCUCAUCCUCCCACUCAAUUCUGCUGCUGGCCCUGCCUUCAUCUGUGGCCUCAUAAAGUCCAGGCGGCAGGAGCCCAGCUCAGCUCCUAGGUCUCUCGCCUCUGGAGUUCUCUGUAGUCUCCCCAAGAACCCAAUGGCCAGAACACAGCUACUUCUGCUCAUUGUGGCCCUUCUGGUCCUGGGUCAUGCCCCACCAGGGAGAACUGAAUUCAAACGGUGUUGGAAGGGCCAAGGGUCCUGCCGGACGUACUGCAUGAGACAAGAAUCCUUCAUGCACCUGUGCCCGGAUGCCUCCCUGUGCUGUCUUGCCUACUCGUUCCAGCCCACGCGUCCUCCGAAGCCAGACGAUGAGUAGCUACUUCUGGACCAGGCACUCUUGUGAUCCAAUAAAACACAGGCUG